ACACCACAAACUGUUGUGAGCAUGGACCAGCCACCUCCUCUCUUACCAGGGCCUGGAGUGAGUCUACCAGCACCUGGUGAAGUGAUCCCACAGCUAGCUACUAGUCCAUCCCCUGGUCAUAUGAUGCAGCCGCCCAUUCAAACAUGUGAGCCUCCCUCCAGUCAGCCCCUACAGCUUGUCCAUUUCUCUGACCAGCAGGCCAUGGAAGGUGAGACGUCUGCUGAUGAGGAUGACAAGUCAGAUGAUCGACCACCCAGACCACGCUACAAUGAUGUCCAGCAUGACCAGGAAGAGGUGCCAUCUAGCCCUGAACCUGAGCCCGAGCCAGUCGUUACCAAGGCCUCUGUGAAGCUUGACUUGCCCGCAGAUGACGCAGGCCUCAGGAAGGUAGACCAGAUCAUUGAGGUGAACAACAUAGAGGAUGUCACCCACCAGCAGAAGAUCAAGACAGGUGGCGAGGAGACCAACAAGCUCGUGGUGGACCCGGACGCAAACGACUUCCACAAGAACAAUGGCAUCACCAUCACCGUGAACCUUCCGGAGGUCAUCAAUGGGGAGACCAACCCAAAAACUGCUUCAGCAGUGACACCACAAACUGUUGUGAGCAUGGCCCAGCCAUCUCCUCUCUUACCAGAAGGUGAGACGUCUGCUGAUGAGGAUAACAAGUCAGAUGAUCGACCACCCAGACCACGCUACAAUGAUGUCCAGCAUGACCAGGAAGAGGUGCCAUCUAGCCCUGAACCUGAGCCCGAGCCAGUCGUUACCAAGGCCCCUGUGAAGCUUGACUUGCCCGCAGAUGACGCAGGCCUCAGGAAGAGAGACCAGAUCAUUGAGGUGAACAACAUAGAGGAUAUCUCCCACCAGCAGAAGAUCAAGACAGGUGGCGAGGAGACCAACAAGCUCGUGGUGGACCCGGACGCAAACGACUUCCACAAGAACAAUGGCAUCACCAUCACCGUGAACCUUCCGGAGGUCAUCAAUGGGGAGACCAACCCAAAAACUGCUUCAGAUAAGUUACCAAAGGAUGUUCAACAGUUGGAUGAUAAAGCAAUAACACUCUUUUAUAAAGCUCUUGAACAUGGUAAAGAAAAAGUCAAUAAUAUUCGCCUGUUGGUUGUAGGAAUGUUUGGUGUGGGAAAAACGUCUUUGGUGAACAAUUUGAUUUGGGACUAUCGAUAAAAAAACAAAAAUAAAACACUCAGCACAGAAGGUAUCGCUAUACAUAGGUGUAAGUUGAUGACAGAUGGUGAUUGGUGCUUAGAUACAGAAUUAAAAGGGGUCAAGUUUGGAGGUCGCAUUCAAAAAGUCGUUUGUAAGACACGCUU